GAAGUUUUUAUUGCUGUUCAGCCCCCCGAGUUCCCUCCAGAGCCAUUGGAGUGUGACAAGGAAGCUAUGCAGGCACUACACAGCCUUCUCCCCAAUCCCGGCUGCCGCUGCAAACAUUAAGCACCUUCCAGCAAGCUACCAGCCUGCAGGUAGGGGGCCUCUUAAAGGGCCAGUCGAGGGUUAGGGUUGGUUCUAAAUGAGGGGGAAUACUGUGAUUUGCAGCCUUCUGAAUUGCACUGGCCAAAACAAGUUCUCCAAAUGACAGACAGCGGCUUAACAACAGGUUGUUUAAAAAAGGGACUAGAAACUUACUAGAAAUAAGAGGUGUAGUGUUAUUUUUUUUCUUGUUCACUUCUUUGGUGUUUUAAAAAAAAAACUGGAAAAGAGAUAAUAAAUAGUAACAGAAGUGUAACACUACAAAAACACAGAACAAAGCAGAAAAGUGGAUUUGCGAUUCACCGCUUUUCUCUGGAGCUGAACUUUCUUUCCUUGAAGGAAGGGGGAUUCCUAGCUAAUCCCAAGCACCUUGAGGAUCAGACCCAAGAAGAAGACACGAAGAACAACAUUCUGCUUCGAAAAGAAAGAAAAUGGCCAACUCUGGUUUCCAGUUGCUGGGGUACUUCUUGGCACUUGGCGGGUGGAUUGGCAUCAUCUCCACCACAGCCCUGCCCCAGUGGAAGCAGUCGUCCUACGCUGGCGAUGCCAUCAUCACUGCGGUGGGUCUGUAUGAAGGCCUGUGGAUGUCUUGUGCUUCUCAGAGUACAGGGCAGGUGCAGUGCAAGGUGUACGACUCUCUGCUGUCGCUGGAUGUUCAUAUCCAGACGUGCCGGGCGCUGAUGGUGGUGUCCGUGCUGAUGGGCUUCCUCGCGAUCAUCGUCAGCGUCGUGGGAAUGAAGUGCACUAAAGUGGGAGACAACAACCCCGUCACGAAGAGCAGGAUUGCUGUCUCCGGAGGGGUCCUCUUCCUGCUUGCAGGAUUGUGCACACUGAUCUCUGUGUCCUGGUAUGCAACACAAGUCUCCCAUCAAUUCUUUAACCCAAACACACCUGUGAAUGCCAGGUAUGAGUUUGGCUCUGCUCUGUUUGUUGGCUGGGCGGCCGCCAGUCUCACCAUGCUGGGAGGGUCGUUUCUCUGCUGCUCUUGUCCUAAUGAGGAGAGAAGAGGGCAACAGUAUUACAGACAAUCCCAGCCAUCCACAGCCAGGGAGGCUGAGUUGUUGAGUGAAACUAGUUUUCCUGACUGAGCAAACCCCCUGCCUCUUUUGAAGAUUAUUCAAGUUCCACUUAAUUUUUCCGUUUCCUUGUUCCUUCCUAGAUGCAAAAUUUGGACCCUUAUUACUUCACUAUAGUAUAAAAUGCACUCUCUAUAGAUGUUUCUAUCUGCAUCUGAUAAUAUAGAAAGAAUGCACCCUGACCUAUCAAAACCUGUGAAAGAAUAUGGACUCUAAUAGAUAAUAAAUGGCCAAUGUCUGAACAUGUAACGAACAGUCUAAUUAACAUUGUGAUAACAAUAUUGUAUGCUGUAAAUAAUGUCUAAAUAAUGUUAUAUGUUGUCAGUAUUAUUACUUUUGGUUAUGUUUUAAGUAACUGGUAGUCUAAUUUGUUUUAAUACAUGUAUACUUACUUAAACAUUUCUUUUCUUUUAAAUUGCAGAACAAAUGUAAAAAUGUCUCCACCAGAGAAAGGGGAGCAGUACUUGUAGUUUGGAUUAUGCCCAGCCAUUGGUCACAUGCUGUUUAGUUUUUGCAACAGACAAGACUCUUUGAGGCCAAUGUAAAGCUAAAUUUGUUAUACCAAAUAAAUAAAAAUGCCUACCGCUGUAAAACACCUACAUGUAAAAUCAAAUUCUUGCUAUUAGCCUUUUCCUUUCAUGAGUAUACACAUAGAAGCAAAUCAUGUGUGAAUCACUGUGAUUCAAACCUGAUUAGGGCUAGUGCCACCAAGCUCCUUAAAGAUAGAAUGGAAAAGGUAUAAAAUAAUGGAGUGUCCUCUUACCCAAUCUCAUCCAUGUUACUGGUUCCCAAUUCUUGCCCUGUACAGUAUCUGUUUUUCAUCACAUCAUUGAAAUGUAUUUCAGCACGUUUGCGAUCCGGUUCAUUGCCACAGCUGAGCUGCUGAAACCCAUUUCAAGUAGCUGUAGUUCAUGAACCCACAGGGUGUGCUGCUUCAGUGUGAGACUAGCGGUUAGAGAGUGACACUCGUGUAUUUCAUUUAGUCUCACUUGCAAGGCCUGUGUGCGCUUCCCUGCUGACAAUGAUUUGUGAGUUAUUUGCUGCUGUUAACAAGAGACACUGAGAACUGAAUCUCAAAGAACCUUAGAAAAUAGGUUGCCUAACUCUCUAACCUUUAUUCUCACAUCGAUGAUGCAAAACUUCCAUGUUGGAAACUAUACUAAGGCUAUUUGAAAUAGUCUUCAGCAGCUAGGCUUGGGGCUAUGAACUUUUCAUGCUUAAAUAUUUUAAACAUCACUUCCAAAGAUAUGAUAAAGACAGAAACAAAUCAAGAAUUGGAAACCAAAUACCAUGAAUGACAUUUGGGUAAGAGAAUAAUCCAUUUAUAAAAAUGCUUUCCAGUCUGCCUUUAAUGCAUUUAUCUGGGGCGUCAAAGCUCAUAUUUACUGUAUGCCCACAACACACUUCCAUUUUAGUGACAUCUGUCAGCAUUUUUAUUGUAUGUUAAUAGGAGUAUCCUUAUAAAUGCCUGCUAUGGUAAAAUGGUGGUAAAUAGAAGUGAUGGAUGGUAAAUGCAUGCCAAAAGCAUGUAUACAAACAUGAGGAAGCAUGGGAAAGUGUAUGACUUGAUAACAAUGUACUGAAUCAAACUUUAAUAAGAUGUGAAUUGUUGUCAUUUUUAAAUAUAUGUAUGGUAGUAAUAGAUAAAAUAACAGCAGCUAAAUCCAAUAUAUAUAUAUAUGAUGAGGGUAACUGGUGAUUUAGAUCCCAUUAUGUAUUCACUGUGUCACAGAACAGUGCAUUUUGUCUCUGAGCAAUAUAAACUAACACUAAGACUAAUACCCUGAAAACCCCAGAAUGUCUUUAAUAUUUUAGAAAGUGCAAAUAUGAUUCAAUGGGAGAGUUUUAGGGGAUGAGAAAACAAAAUAUACAUCAUUUGAUCUGGGAAAUUAUUAUAUAGUAUAUUACAUGCUUUACAAGAAUGUGCUUUAAAAAACUAUUAGGGCCAAGCAACAUUUCCCUCUACUUAAUUCACCAUAACACUAAAAUAAUGCAGCAGGAAGAUAUAUUGGAAAUAGUUCAUCUUUAUGGCCAGAAGGGAUAUACUGAUUCACAAGCAGGUCUUUAUCAUCAAUUCAAAUGGACUAAUUCUGCAGCCAAGCCCAAUUAUUAUAAUUGUUUUUAAAAGCUUUACAUUAUAAAUGUCUCCUUUAUUUUCACCAAUAAGCUCCUCUAAAGAGAUGAACAUCGUAAAGUCAAAUAUUAGUGGGAUGUUUUUCACCUCAAAACCAGUGUGUUUUUUACCUGGUUAAAUAAGAAAUGAUGAUUCUGUUAAAGACAACAAAUUGUACUUAGUUAUCCAAUGGAACAAGUUAUUAGAGAGAAAUGGGACGUCACAGGGGCGGAAAAGGAUCUAAUAGGAGAAAACUGUGAGAAAAGACCUAAAAUAAAAUAGCACAAUACUGGAAACUGCAAAAAAAGUUGUCUUUAAAAUCCUAAAUAUGUCUUAAAAAAACAGUACCGGUAUACAACUCAAUAAAUUCCCCUUGAACAGCAUAGGUACUGUAUUAUUGUUAUUGCAUGGUAUUAUUUAUAUUGCCUCAUAUUCCAUUACUUUUCUUAGCGUUUUUUUGUAAGAUUUCUGACCUCUCAAAACACAUCACAGUGAGAAAGAGGACGCCAUUUUACAUUUAGUAAUUUACAGACAUUCAUGUCAGUGAUCAAUAGCUUCAGAGGAUUUAAGAGACCUGGAUUCGGAACAGUCCCAAUAAUAACAAAACAAUGUGAAGAUUAAACUAUGACAGGAUUCCUCUGCUGUUAGUUUAUGUGAAUAGCCAUACAUCUCGAAAAUUAGGGAAUUCCAGAAAAAACCCAUAAGGAUGGAAUUCAAGGAUGGUUUCAAAUGAUUGACAGGCCAGUGAUCCCUCUGCUUCCCUGCCUUCUCACCACCGUCUCCAAAGCAGUUCCCUCAAGACCCAACUGACUACCCCCUCUCCAACCCCCUUGCUUAGUGCAAUUGAACAUAUCAACAUGGGACAGUGGAUUGUGUUUGAGAAUAAUGAUGGAGAUCAGAAAAGAUAGUAGACGUGACAUAACUGUGUUUCCCAUGUAACCGAUUUCUCCAACAAGAACCGCUGUGGCAUGCUGAUACACCUUGUUCUUCACAUUUACUGUGUGGUUAUUCUCCUUUCUCCCCCUAUUCUAUGAUGCCCCUCCUCCCCUCAGGAGUCCUCCCCACACCCUGCCCAGUGGAGACACCAGCUGAGAGGAGCAGCUCUGGUUCCUUUCCAGUCGUAGCUGUCAGAAGCUGCUCCCGGUCCGGCACACAGUUCUGGCUUAACCAGUGCAGGACAUCUCAAGUUGUGCUUUUAUUACUGUACCCUUCAAUGAGAAAGAUGGCCUACAAUUAGAAUGCACAAACUCCACAUAUUCUCGUUUUUUAUUUGAAAUAUCAUGCUAGGAACUGGCUUAAUUCAUGGCAACACUGUAAUCUCUUUUCAGAAUUGUCUUUUAAAUAAAACUGUAUUUACUUUAUCCAAUAGACGUCACAGAGGUGCAUGAGAGUGCACCAUUUUGUGAGAAUAUGACAGGAUAUUACAUUUGACAUACUGUAAAUUCUAAGUAAAGUAGACUGUUUAAUUAAAGCCUUUGUUAGUGUAUAAAAACAAUUAUAAUAUUCAAAAAUACCAUUCUCAAAUGCAAAAUAUUUGUGUACACUGUGAAGAAGAAAAGACAAUGUUUUCUAUUAGGUAAUUAUACUAACCCAUUAGUAAUUACAUCUUUGUGUCAGUACUGGUUUGGGAGGAAAACACUGAAGGUUUUGCUUUUGCCAUACCUUUGUUAUAAGUAGUUUAUUAGUACUGUAAUUAUACUGUAGUUAGUAUUGUUUCUAUGAAUGUUUGCUUCAAUGCAAGUAUCACAACAAUGUAGUCCCCACACUGACAGUGGAGCAUUGUAACAAACAUGUUGCUAUAGUAUAAAUACAGUGUGGGUAAUGUACCAGUAUUUUAAGAUGUAUUCAAGAAAUCUGUUAGGGGGGAAGGGGCUCAUCUUUCUCAAGUGGUGUAUGUUGUUUUAAAUUAUUUACUAAAAAAACAGUGUGUUCUUUUCUUUUCCAGAAGAUGUGCCUUAAUGAUUUAUAUUAUUGUAUUAUGUGGGGUGUGCUUGUUUUUUUUUCUUUGUUUUUUUUUCUGUUUAAAUAUUUUGGAUUUUAAUGUUAUUAAAGACAUUUUACAUGAAAAAGU